AUGCCUUCGAUGAAUUUCGAUCCCAAGAAAGACAUUCCCGACCUGUCGGGGAAGGUCAUAUUCAUCACCGGAGGGACCAGCGGCCUCGGUACCGAGUCUGUCAUGCAACUGGCUCAGCAUCACCCCCGGGCCAUCUACUUCAGCGGCCGCAACUCCAAGAGCGCCGAGAAGGUGAUUGAGACGGUGCAAGCCAGCACGCCCGAUGCGCCUCCGCUGCACUUUGUCCAAUGCGAUCUGGCGUCGCUCCAGUCCGUCGCCGCCGCCGCCCAGCGCUUCCUCGACCAGUCCGACCGCCUCGACAUCCUCAUGUGCAACGCGGGCAUCAUGGCGGUGCCCUCGGGCCUCACCUCCGACGGCUACGAGGUCCAGUUCGGCACCAACCACGUCGGGCACGCGCUGCUGAUCAAGAAGCUGCUGCCGCUGCUCGACGCGACCAGCCGGCAGCCCAACGCCGACGUGCGCAUCGUGCUCCUCACCUCGCUCGGAUUCGUCAUGCACCCGCGCGGCGGUAUCGCCUUCAAAGGCCUUAAGACGGUGCAGGACUUUGCAGUCUUUGGCCCGUUUGUGCGCUACGGACAGAGCAAGCUGGCCAACCUGUUAUACGCCCGCGAGCUGGCUCGCCGGUAUCCGCACAUCACCACCCUGGCCAUCCACCCGGGCGUCGUGUCCACCGGCAUCAUGGAAGAGACGAAGGGAGUGAACAAGCUGGUCAUCUACGCUUUGGCCCGAUGGCAGAUGGUGAAGGCCGAGGAGGGCGCGUAUAACCAGCUUUGGGCUGCCUGUGGGGAGGUGCCAAAGGAAAUGAACGGCCAGAUGUACGAGCCUGUGGGUGUUUUGUCUACAAAACUUGACAAAGCCGCCAAAGAUGACAUGCUCGCCGAGCAGCUGUGGGAGUGGACGGAAGAGGAGCUGAAGAAUUACUGA